AUGGCUCCUACUCCUCCCGCCCCUGGUGUCGGCCUCAGCGCAGGCAUACGAGACGACGAUUGCAACUUCCGGGACACCAUACUUAUAGGGGCGGCAUGCGUCGUCUACACCAUCUCGGCGCUUGUCUUUUACGCCUUCCUCAAUAGGUGUCGUUUCCUUCCCAGAUGGUACGAGAGCUCACCCAAAAAACUGCAACACAAGGUCUUGUUCCUCUUGUGGCUUCCUGCCGCCUUGAUACUCUGGCCUCUCUCUCUCCUACUGAUUAUAUCCUCUAAAUGUGGCUUCGACGUCGUCGACAAGUUGAUCAACUCACUCCGACACAUCAGCGCGAAGAGCAGAACCGUGAGUCGUCACAUCAGCGGAGAGCCAAGGGAGGGAAUGGAGCUCGAUAGAUGGGAAACGAUCGAACUUGAAGAGUGUAACUCUGGCGUUCUCCGAAAGAACACCACCAUGGGAGACUUCAUCAACCCCUUCGACGAGAGAGACCGUUCCAGUACCCGCAGAUCAAGCGGAUCCAAUAGCCGUGACCCGUCACCCACAGAUCGUCGGACCUCCCCUUCGGCCACAGAGAUACCCUCAGUCAAGUGGUAUGAGAGGCUUCCUUCACCAGCCGUAAUGGAAGGGGCUCUCAAUCAGGCGGGCCCCAGCAGCAACGGUGGUCCGUUGUCGACAGAACGCACUGGGAGCGAAAGUCCUUACUCCGACGACGGUGAUGCUCAGCAACCGACGGUCAUUCCGGUUGACAGCGUGGAGACGACGGUAGCAGACUCGCGUGGGAGGGCUACGACGACGCGGAAGUUGGAGGCUAUUCCCGAGCAGACCGAAAAGGUUGAAGGAUGGGAAACUAUGAUUCUCUGA